GGUUUACACACACCAGCUGCUCUCACACCUCCUCCCAUCCAAUUGACGCUCCUGACAUGCAGCGUCACUCCAAAAGCCAAACCAGCCGGCUUUCAUUCCUGGAGUCACAGCAGCACAGUUGCAUGGUGUGGCGCAAUCCACCACCCGAACAAAACCACAGCUGAAUACCAGUUUAGCCUCCGGAGAUAGCUGCUGUUGCGCAUAGGGGCCUUUGUUCCUGCUCACAGUCGACUUCUUGGCUUUGGCAUGGUGCUGAGGCGCCUCGGUCCCCUUACUUUAAAGGACAACGUUUGAUGUCAUUUCUCAUCGGAGCACAACAGCCAUCCUUAAUGAGUUCCCUUUACAGAUGCGUGGUAGAAGAGGAACGAUAGCUGGACAGAGAAGAUCCUCUUGACGUCUGCGGCCUUCGCUUAUCCUCCGGCCCGACCAUGAGGGACCGACUCGGCAACCUUCAGGAAAUGUCCAACGGCCACGUGGAGCAGAUGGAGUAUGCGGACUCCACUGUCUCCGACACCUUGAGCAACGUGGACCUGGAAGAGGAGCUGUCCCACGAGGCCGUGGUGUACGACAGCAGCCCUGCCCUGGACGGGGUCUUCUCCCAGACACAGGAAAUCCACAGGGAGAUCCAGCUCAUCCGCCUGGACGUCAAAAAGCUUCGCGAGCAGAACUCUCGCAUGACCAAGGCCGUCACCACCAUGAGCAUCAUCAAAAGGGACUCCAACGCUAUCGGCGCCGACAUAAAAGGUCGUGCUGAGGAUGUGCUGGCCCGCCUGCGGAAGAUGGACGACUCGGCCCGCAAGCUGGAAGAAGAACACGGCUCAAAUUCUGCCGUCACGCGCAUCGCCAGAACCCAGUAUGCUUCCCUCAGCAACGGCUUCCGCGAUGCCAUGUUUGACUAUAACGAGGCCGAGAUGAGCCACCGGGAGAACCUUAAAGCCCAGAUCCAGCGGCAAAUGGAGGUGGUGGGACGUGAGGUGACUGGGGAUGAGGUGGAGGAGAUGAUGGAGAAAGGUCAGUGGAACACCUUCAACGACAACGUCAUGGCUGAAGGGAAAACGGCGCGAUCGGCGCUGUCCCAGAUUGAGAAACGUCACCAAGAGCUGGUGGACCUGGAGAGCCGCAUCAGCGGCAUCCACGAGGUCUUCCUGGACGUCGCCCUGCUGGUGGAGGAGCAGGGCCCCAUGCUGAACAGCAUCCAAACCAACGUUCAGAAAACCGACGAGAACGUAAAGGAGGCCCUGGUCAAAAUCGGCAGGGCCCAACGCCAUAACAAGAACAACCCAUUUAAAAAGAUGUUUUGUAGCUGUUUCCCAUGUGUCGACUGAUGACUGUAGAGGGACAGAGGAAUAUGCAGUCUGCUGUACAGACAAAAACAAGGGGGAGUCCGAAGGAUAACAUCAAUUUUCUGUAUCAUUAGAAUAAAGUCAAGCUGAUACCUUACCAGGAAGUAAAGAGUUUCAAUGAAGGGUUAAAACGGUCUAGAUUGAGAGACAAGGGAAAAGUAUUUUAAAGUAAUGUAAUCUACUAACUCAAAUCAGAAUUCAGCCCCCAGGGCUCAAACAAACUGUUUGACAAUAUUGUUUAGGAUUUAGUUUGAGCUGGACAAGCUGGCUGGUUUCAGAUGCAGUAAACUAAAAAACGUAUAAAUCCUGUUGUUACCUAAGAUUAUUUCCUAAUGUCUGAAGAAGUGAAUCAGGUGAACUUUGUCACAAUGUGAAAGAAUGAACGUCCCUGAUGUACGGCUCAAAGAAAUUGUACAAUUUAGUGUUCUUGAUAAAGAUUGUCCGUUUUUCUGCCAUACUAACAUAAUUUAAGAAAUUGAUUUAUUUAAAAGUAAACUGCUAUUCAUCUGCUUAAAAUCCACCACUAUCUUAUAUUUACCAUCUCGUUUGUGGAUGUGAUUAAUCCAAAUCUCUUACUUUCCACGAAUAUUUCAUAACUGCUUUCUUUCUUUUGUGGUGGCAUGUGUGUAUUACAUAAACGGUUAUAUUAAAAUCAA